AGGAGUGGUGUAAUUUCUACUGGUAAUCCAUGUCCAAUAUGCAGAGAUGAAUAUCUAAUUCUAGAUUAUCGUAAUAUUGAUUUAAUAAAACAAUUUAUUUCUGAACAUGAUGGAAGAAUUUUAAAUUAUAAUUAUACUGGUCUUUGUCAAAAGGCUUACAAAGAUUUACGUGUAGCAGUAACCAAAGCAAAAGAAUAUGGUUUGCUAACAUAUGAUGUUCCUUUUAGAUAUUAUGAUUAUUCAGAAUGGAAAAAUUAAUGUGUUAAUUUCUAACAUAUAUUUAAGAAUAUAUAUAUAUAUAUAUAAUAUAUUAAUAUCAAAUAAAGCAUACAAAAUGGAUAAAAAAGAAAUCAAUUGUACAUUUGCAAUAGUAGGUGGAGGUAUAGCAGGAGUAUCCUGUGCUGAAAGUAUAGCUUUUCUUGCUCCAGAGGAAGAAAUAAUCCUAGUUACAGCAAGUUCUUUAAUAAAAGCAGUUACAAAUAUGGUUCCACUUGGUAAAACAUUAAUGCAGUUUGAUGUGGAGGAAAAAGACAUAUCAGUCUUAAUGAAAGCACAUAAUUCAUUGAAAAUAAUUAAUGAUUUUGUGAUAAAGAUAGAUUGUUUAAAUAAACAAGUGGAAACUAGAAAUGGAAGAAUUAUAAACUAUAAAAUGUUAUGUCUGUGUAAUGGUGCUAAGCCAAAACUCAUAGAAGAACAUAAUUUUAUAUUAGGAAUAAGAGACACAGAAUCAGUUCUUCAACUUUCUCAAAAAAUAAAAAAUUCCAGAAGAAUUGUAAUAGUUGGAAAUGGAGGUAUUGCUACUGAACUUAUAAAUGAAGUAGAUGGUGUUGAAAUGAUAUGGGUAAUUAAAGAUAAACAUAUCUCUGCAACAUUUGUUGAUCCUGGGGCAGCAGAAUUUUUCAUGGAUAGAGUAUACAAAACUGAUAAACAUAUAUAUACUAAUGUUAGUUCUUUAACUAAAAGAAUGAGAUAUACUAUCUCAAAUACUCCAGCUGUAACAGGUGGACCAGCUUUAGGUCCAGAUUGGCAUAAUAAUUUUGAUAUAAAAGGUGUUUUUCUUAAAUCUGCAAAAGUACAAAUAGAAUAUGAAUGUGAAAUAAUUAAAAUUCUUAACAAAUCAGAACAAAAAGAAUUUGAUCCUACAGAAGAGUGGCCUAUAUAUGUUGAAUUAACAAAUAAAAAAAUUAUUGGCUGUGACUUUGUUGUAUCAGCAACAGGUGUAAUACCAAAUUCUGACAUAAUAGGUUUAGAAGAUAUAAAAAAAAGUGAAGAUGGGGGGCUAUUAGUAGAUUGGAAAUUGGAAACUUCAAAACAAGAUAUAUAUGCUGCUGGAGAUGUAUGUAGUGCAGGGUGGGAAUUAGCAAGACAUUGGUUUCAAAUGAGACUGUGGACCCAGGCACAUCAAAUGGGUCGAUAUGUUGCAAAAUCGAUGGUUUCUAAGUUAAAAAAUGAAAAGUUCUUACAAGAUUUUUGUUUCGAACUUUUCACUCAUGUAACUAAAUUUUUUGGUCAUAAAGUAGUUUUACUUGGUUUGUACAAUGGACAAAAGUUAGAUAACAAUUAUGAGAUAUUAUUACGAAUGACUAAAGGAACAGAAUAUAUAAAACUUAUACUAAAAGAUAGCAAAAUGCAAGGAGCAGUAUUAAUUGGAGAUACUGACUUAGAAGAAAUGUGCGAAAAUUUAAUACUUAAUCAAUUAGAUUUAAGUAUUUAUGGAGAAGAUUUACUAAAUCCUGAUAUUGAUAUUGAGGAUUAUUUUGAUUAACUGUAUAUAGGAAGUCAACUUAACAAACUUGUAUGACAUUUCAUUAGUUUAGUAUUAAUUUAUCUAGAAAAUUAUUUAAAUUUUGUUUGAGUAAUAUUAUUCUAAUCUCACAAAUCUUAUACAAAUUUAAUUAAAUAUUCAUAUUUUGUAUAGAUGUGUCUGUAUAAAUAUUACAUGAGUGCUUAUGAGUAAUAAGAAAUAAAAUGAUACAUUUAUAUAUGAAUAUGGCUAAACAUAUUUUUUUACUUCAUUUAUCUUUAUCUUUAAAGUAUAUUAUUGAUGUACGUUUUAGGUCUCUCUCUAAAUAGCAAUCUUAUUUAAUUAAAUUAACUUUCUUACUAAGUUAAA